GUCCCCGAUUUACGUGCAGUACUUUCUUCACUACACAUUCUCAACUUUCACUCGUCUUACAAUAUGAUUUCCGCUAUCUUCGACGGUGCUGCUCAUAUCACCGUCGCUGGGUGCCUCGGAGCAUUCUUUUUCAAACACACUGUGGUGGAUCGGACGUCCAAGGCCAUCAAAGACGCGGAGAACAUCACCGCAGGCCUGGUGAUAUCCGAAUUCUGUAUUUCUGUCGCGGUACUAGUUCUAGCUUCCAACGAGACCGCCCGGAUACUCCUCAGUAAAGAUGCGCAACCCCCUCCGAAGCACAAUUUAGCCGAGCUCAACGCGCCUCUCAUUUGCAACAAAGUGUCCGAUUUCUCUACUGCAGCAGACUCAAUUUUAUCGAAUCCAAUCGCAACCGAACCAUGUAGCACUCCGCCAAUUGCAUCAAUCGCAACCGAACCUUGCAGCACUCCGCCAGACAUAAUAAUUUCGCCGAAUCUAAUCGAAAAUGACACAUACUGCACUCCGCCAUCUACUGCAAGUUCCACAUUAUGCACGCCAAUACUGCCAACUUCGCCGGUCCAGAAUACCAAGCGCCUCUCAAUCGAUUCCGACACCACCCUUGUCGACCACGAUGACAACUUCGUGAAGGAUUUCUUUGACGCCGACCUUCAGGAAAGCACUAUCCUCCAGGACGACAGCGACUGUUCCAGUAGCGAGCUACUCACAGGUACGAAAUCACCAACGAUCGAUGACCCGAGUGGACCCUCUCAACGGACGCAGGUUCCUCCAAUCUUGGAGGACGGACACCUGACGACAACCGACGUUUCGCUUUUCGUGGACGCUUCAACUCAAACGAUCACGACGCCCUCUCUUGGCUGCAUCCUGCCUCAGAUUGUCUCGCCUCAGCUGAAACCCCCGGAUACGAAACGGCAUCAUAAUUUCCGCCCGGGCAGACACAAGCGCGAAUCUAGAUCCACUCGCUUGGCCGCUGUCCGUGCCAGCAUCGAGCGCACUCGCUCCAAGAAACAAGAACACGCUACUGCGAUCAAUGAUCUUGAACAACUGCAUGACGAUCUCCUCGCCGACCAAACCGCUCUUGUCGACGGCUGGGCAGCUGCCAUGUCCCAGCUUGGACUCCCCUCUAUGCUGAAAUUCGAUCGAAACAUUCAAGACCGACACUUUCACACACAAUGCUACUCCCGAGGUCCCCUACGACCAAACCCCGAAGAUCUGCAACGGCCUCCCUCGCUGUCCCCUACGACCUGGAGCUUCAUGCCCGCGAGGUUGAAGGCCACCGCUGGCCGCGCACACACUAUGUCUUCGCGCCGCCCGGUUAUACCUGCAGUCUUCGACGUCGGAUGUCCCCUACGACCAAUCCCGACACAACCGCAACCGCAGCGGCAUAGCCGCCUCCUUCUUGUCUCAGAGCACUUGGAGUUGAAGACCACCGCCCGCGGCUCCUACAUACGUCUAUCUCAAGUCUCUUCUCUUGUCUUCGCCAUCGUGUAAAUGGCUCUUGAUUUGUUUCCUUGUCUUUGAAUUUCUCUUACCGGUAUCUACUUCGCAGAUCAUGGACUGCCUGUGACUUAUGGACACGUCUUCCUUUUAUCGAUAUGUACUCAGCAGACGUUGAACUGCUCGUUUCUUUUGUAACUUGUAGACACGAUAUGCCUUGUUUCUUUUACAGUAUGGGAUCAUUUUUCCAUGUACGAUUUAUCUGUUAAGAAUGUUUCUAUAUUUUCGUAUAUGUACGAUGACGAGUAUUACAUAGAUAUCGGUAGUUUGCAGUUUCUGA